UGUCCCAUUUCUGCUGUAAGAUAUUAGUCCGUUCAACGUUGUCAAGAUGGUUAACUUUACCUACGCUCUCAUAACUACGUUACUUUAUGUGGUUUUGCCGAUAGUGUGUGAUGGAGUGAAUGAUCAACCAGUGACGAAGCAAGUCCUUGAGAAAGCCAUCGCAGAUAAAACCCAGCCAACUUCUCAAGGAUAUUCUCCAACUGAGGCUAGUCCGAUUGCUUUAAGUGAAACUUCAAGUGCCGUUUUCGAUGAUGGUAGCUUUGAAUUUAAUAUUCAAAACGCGAAAGUUUCGAUUCGCAUUCGGGGAGAAGUGAAGCAAAUCCAAGGAGAACAAACGCUAGUAAUUGACGGAUCGUAUAAUAACACGGAUACAGGAUAUCUAGUGGAGUUUUCGGGAAGUGAUAAGAAAGGAUUUUUCGUAUUACCUUAUCCGGUUCCAGUUGGAAUUCCUCCCAAAGUUAUCGCCACAAUAGUUGGAUAAAACUAAAUUUAUGCUUAAAUAAGUUAAAUUGAAAUAAAAUUGAUAUGAGAUAGUUGUAUGUC